GACGCUUCAACUGCUUCUUCGAAAAGUCCUGGCUCACUCUCGCCAGCUCAUGUGUGCCCCAUUCCAGAUCCUUUGGAUGGCACGCGCAACUUGCUCAGCUGCACAGAAAUCGCAGGUUUGUGCCAUGCGUAUACAAAAUUGGGGGUUCCGAUGCGUGCGUCAUUGUUCGAACACCUGCUUUUACCACAGGCUUUGUUGCCGAUAAAUCUUACCCGCUGCUCGCCAACGCAUUUAGGCGUAAUUUUGGUCGGCUUCGCGAAGAUGUAUCGCGCCAGUCUGGAUUUCGGGAGUAUGCAUCGUGUGGAAGAGGCGAUGAGCAUUCCCGCAACACUGCGUAUUAGAAAGCAUCAAGUGAAGCGUGCUCCCUACCGGCUGUCUCCGGAGGCUAGUGCUUUACUGGAGGAAUUUUUCGAGCGGUCCCAACAUCGCAUUUUACGGACAACGACGUCGACUACAACCCAUCUUUAUCUUUUGGAACAUCUACUCUUGGAACAUCUACUUAAAUUUCAAAGAGUUUCUACUAGAAAUUACAUGAAAGAUAUUCUUGUACAAGGCAACUCUAAGCAGUAUUCGGACAAUCACAGACAUUCGAAAGCCAAAGGACCUAGCGAACAUGCUCUACGCAUUCGCAGAAUACGGCUCGGGCGGCACAGAGCUGCUGUCCUUGUUGCAAACAAAACUGCAUGCGAAAUUAAGGCUUAUAGCGUAUAAUUUGACACAUCCUCAUCUUGAGACGAGAAGAAUCAUGUUGAUUUAAGUCCGUUUUGCAGCGAUCAAAAAGGACGACUCGUCAAAGAUGAGCCUCUCGAAUCGAAAUUAUGAUAUGAGACAUGUAGGAUAAUAGCAGUAUUAUGAUAUGAGACAUGUAGCAGUUUAAUAGCAGUUUAGUUCUAAGGAAAUUGCGGGACUUGGAUACCUACAGUUUAGCCCGUGUUUUGCAUAGUUUUGCCCGCAUCGCGGAUCCUGCUGUGCUGCGGACUUUCAUGUCCUCAGCUACCGCAAGUAGCAGCAGUGCUGGAGACACUGAAAUUAAACAAGGAAAUGCGUCUACUAGUGAUUCGUCUUCUACUAGAAGUACUUCUCACAGAAAAGGAGCUGCUUCUGAUAAAAAUGACUCUCCUGCACCAAGCACAACUACAACUAGGACUUCUACUUCUUCGGUACGAACCACCAGCCGAUUUGUGGAACAGUGGAAAGUUUGUGCGGCCGAGCGCUGUCACCAAUGGUGGUCGGGGCACUUGUGUGAUGUGCUUUGGGCAGCAGCUGUGCUAAAGCUGGACCAUGACGAUUUUUUUCGGCAAAGAUUGGUGUCCUUGUUGUUAAGCAUUUCCACAUUGCGUCCUUCACUACCAUUCUUCUUGGCUUACUUUUCUCCAAAAGGAAAGGGGUCAAGGAUCAUGAUCGGAAGAAUGCAAUGCCGCAACCUCGAAUGUGGACACCUGAAGGUUUGGAACGCAUGCAAGGGACAGCGCUGUUGUAUCCUUUUUUGAGACUUGCAGCGGACUGUGGUGGCUGUCGUGGUAGCGAGGAUGGGAUGAAUACACCGUGGUUAAAGGCUCUAGAUGAAAUAAGUCUAGGUGUAAGUGUAGGGCAGACUCCGUCUAACGCAGAUGAAAGAAGAAGCUCGAACUCUUUGUCUUCUGACACGACAGAGGUCCUGGAUCGCGUGUUCCCCGUGCCCGGUUUCGGUCUUUUCGCCGAUGACGAAGAGUACGAGCGAUAUUGUAAUUACGUUCGAUCGCGUUUUUGGAAGUGGCAAGCUCGCUUACAACGUUCCACUCCUGGAUACGAGUCAUGGGCGAGGCAAAUCCGCGCCAUUUUUCUUUCAGACUUCGAAUCGAUACAGCUUGCUGAGUAUAAGGAAACGCCUUCUGGUCGAGAGGAAAAUAGUACAACUGGACGACUUGAUAAUAUGUUGAAAGAGCAGGAUCCUGACGCUGACGGGACGCAGCAAGCUGACGAGAACAAGCUCGAUAUUGUAAAAGAGGACACUAACACUACUGUUUCUGAUGGCAUUGUAGUUCUGCAACAACUAGGGUGCUGUAGUUCUGCGCAACAAGGUGACAAGGGUACAACUAUAUCUUCUGGCAGUAGGAGGAUUCCUUAUGGAGGCUUAGAGUGGAGCAAUGGAAAUGUCCGCUUACUUUUGGAAGAAAACAAAGAUCUGGAAGGCUUCUUAGUGGAUUUCUUUGUCACCGUACUCCGGAAAAAGCCAGCUCCUCAGAUGGCACAAGACGUAGACGACAAAGGAGCAUUGGUAGAAGAAGAAGGAGCAUUGGUAGGAGAAGUGCUGGAAGACGACGAUUUAUCUGCAUAUGAGGCACCCGAGUUUCACUGUCUGCUCUUUCAUUCGAACGCAACGAACUUGCAUCGACACUCCCAAAAGCCUCUAGGGCACACGCUUUUGCGGCAGCGUUUUAUUAAACGGGUCACGACGUGCCACAUUCUCAACAUCCAAGCGGAAAACUGGAUGACCUCACCAGCUGGAAGUAAGGUCCGCUUAAUUCGGAACCGGAUUUUGGGGAAUAAUUCUUGAAAGGAAUAUAUUAGCUAAUGAUUUAGAUUAUUUGAUUCGCAAGGGAUAGGGGUCACAACUUCGCAGACGACGUGUUUUUUCGCAUCAUAUCACAUCACGCACUUAGGGGGAAAGAACUUGGAUUUUUCACUUUCGCAUUCAACUUCGCAAGAACUCAACACUUAAAGACUAGGCUCAUUUUGACACUCUUUUUGGCAAAACAUGGGAAUCAAGAAUAGGUCGUUUCAAUUUCAGAAUAUAAAUGUACAUGGAUCUUCUUAGGCACGCUGCCGAAUAGAUUCAAAUCAUCAAUCGCACACUGAGC